CCGGUGGAUCAUGAAGCUCGCAGUCCCCAACCCGGGCCUGGAUGACAGGAUCGCGUCCCACCAGCAGCUGGACAAGCUGGAGCAGGACCAGGCCGGAGACCGGCCCAAAUGGGAGAACAAGGCGCAGUACAUGCUGACCUGCGUGGGCUUCUGCGUGGGCCUGGGAAACGUCUGGCGUUUCCCAUAUUUGUGCCAGAGUCAUGGAGGAGGGGCCUUUAUGAUCCCCUUUCUCCUACUGCUGGUUCUGGAGGGAAUCCCUCUCCUGCACCUGGAGUUUGCCAUCGGUCAGCGCUUGAGGGCAGGCAGCCUGGGAGUGUGGUCCUCCAUCCAUCCUUACUUGAGCGGGAUCGGUAUCGCCUCCAUGUGUGUAUCUCUGACCAUCAGCCUGUACUACAACACCAUCAUUGCGUGGAUCCUUUGGUACUUCUUCAACUCCUUUCAAGACCCUUUGCCUUGGAGUCAGUGUCCAAUGAAUGAAAACUUAACAGGCCUGGUUUCCGAGUGUGCUAGGAGCUCCCCGGUGGACUACUUUUGGUACAGGGAGACUCUGAACACGACGACGAGCAUCGUGGAUGACGGCGGCAUCCAAUGGUGGACGUUGUUAUGUCACAUAUGCGCCUGGUCGGUGCUUUACGUCUGCAUCGUGCGCGGGAUCGAGACCACCGGCAAGGCUGUAUACGUGACUUCAACGCUGCCGUACGUGGUGCUGACCAUCUUUCUGGUCAGAGGACUGACGCUGAAGGGAUCUUUGAGUGGGCUCAAGUUUCUUUUCACACCUGAUCUCGCAGAGCUGGCUAAGCCUUCAACUUGGAUGAACGCCGGCGCUCAGGUCUUCUACUCCUUCUCUCUGGCGUUCGGAGGCCUCAUCUCCUUCUCCAGCUACAACUCAGUCCAUAACAACUGCGAACAGGACGCAGUGAUCGUCUCGAUCAUCAACGGCAUCACGUCUGUGUUCGCCGCUACGGUCAUCUACACCGUCAUCGGCUUCAGGGCGACCCAGAGAUUCGACACCUGCAUCGACGGGAACAUCCUGACUCUCCUAAAUACAUUCGACCUUCCGGAGGGAUACAUCACGGACGGCAACUACACUGAGGCUUUACAGCAUCUCAACGCAACACAUCCGGAUGUUUUUCAAGGGUUGAAUCUUGGUACUUGCGACCUGAACAAGUUUCUCAGUGAGGGGGUUGAAGGAACCGGUCUGGCGUUCAUCGUGUUCACAGAGUCCAUUACCAAGAUGCCCUUCUCGCCGCUGUGGUCGGUCCUCUUCUUCGUCAUGCUCUUCAGCCUGGGCCUGUCGUCCAUGUUUGGGAACAUCGAAGGGGUUGUGGUGCCUCUGCAAGACCUCAAGCUUUUUCCCAAGAAUUGGCCCAAAGAGGCCGUCACCGGUGUGACGUGCGGGCUCUGCUGUCUGGUGGGCUUGAUCUUUGUCCAAGGCUCAGGGAACUACUGGCUUUCGUUAUUCGACACCUACGGAGGGUCAAUCCCACUGCUGGUCGUCGGAUUCUGUGAGAUGAUCUCGGUGGUUUACAUUUACGGAAUAGACAGAUUCAACGAAGACAUCGAGUUCAUGAUCGGACACAAACCCAACAUCUUCUGGCAGGCGACGUGGCGAUUCAUCAGUCCGCUCAUCAUGAUCUUCAUCUUAAUCUUUUACUUUGUCACCAAGAUUUCAGAAAAGAUCGUUUACAAAGGGUGGGAUCCCGAAUAUGAGAAAUUCCCAACUCUGGAGGAGAAGUCGUAUCCACCGUGGAUCUACGCGAUCAUCUUCAUCCUGGCCGGCAUCCCCACCAUCGCCAUACCUUUCAUUGCACUGUUUAAAUGUUUCAGGGCAAAGAAGACGGACAAGUCAAAGCUUCGCAUUCAAAUGAACGAAAAACUCAGCCGAAAUCAAUUUUCAAACACUGCAUUGCCUCCGACGUUAUGACUCAAUCUUUCAAUGUGUAUAUUGUACGACCAAAAUACACUUCAGGGUGUAGUCCGCCUUUUGCCCGAAGUUGCCUGGGCUGGGCUCCGGCACUCCCGCGACCCUUGUGUGGAUGAGGGGCUUGGAAAAUGGAUGGAUGGAUAAAAAAUGCUGUGGCGCUUUAUGCUGCUGUAGCUACGCGGCCAGCAGGGGUCAGUAUGGAAUAUUUUUAAAAAGAUGUAAAGUAUUGAGGCAUGUCAAUUACUGCUGUUUAUUUUGUCUUAUUUUUUUUUACAGUAAUUAUUUGAAUCCUUAAUUUUGUAAAUUGUUUUUAUUGGUGUACUUUGUACUAAAAAUGUUAAGUCUGAGAUGCUUUUUAUGUAUAUUGUGUAGGGAAAAAAAAAACAGAAUAAACAUUUGUGCAUGUGUUUUUGUGGUUCUGUGUUCACAUUGUUGGAGUGACUAAAACCAUAAUAAUAAUUUGUCAUAACUUAAUGAAAGAAAUGGAGAAAAAUGACCCUCAAAGUACAAAUGCAAUGUUACAAGUACUCGGCAUCCUCCCUGAAAAAGGAAUGCAAAGCAUAAUUAAAUCUCAUGCAAUUGUGUUUAUUAUUGUUAUUUAUAAAGUCGGUGGAGCAAUUGGUUAGAGCGUUGG